GUGCUGCCCACAGUGCUGCCAGGCAUCCAUGGAAGAGGAGGUGCAUUAAAGUAGGAGGGAAGCAAAAAAGUUAGCCUCAGUGUGGUGCGCCCGUGCGUCUGACUGUUUGACUUGUGCUCUUUCAGCGAGCAGAGUAAGGAUCCUUGCCAGAUCUGGAGCUCAUCUGAAAUAUAUUAAACCCUGGAGAAGAACGUUCCUCUGUAAUCUAGCUGCGUUGACGCUCCACUGAGGGCUCCUAUUUGCUGUCAGAGGUACACCCAUACAUGUAACAGCAGCUCCUCCAAGACACUGACUGUUUUUGUCUCCUCAAGUCAAAAUAUUUUUCCAAGCUCCAGAGGGCAAGACUGAAGAGAGGGGGAGAGAGAGAGAGAGAGAGAGGGAUCAAGGUGCUUGAAGAAGUCUGCUUUCUCCGUAAUAACUUGGCACUAUAAGUUCUCAGUGUGGCAACUGUUUUCAAAGGGGAAGGUCCACACUUCAAACGAAACAUCAGCCCUAUCGUUCCUCUUGGCGUGUGCAGAGGAGGUUUCAAGGACAAGUGAGCAGUGUUCACAUAAAUACAGGAAACAUCUGAAGGUCCAGCCAGGAGGAAAUACAGCUCCAAACAACUGGCACAACUCUGACACUGUUUUUUUGCAAGAAACUCCCAAUCAUCUUGUUAGUCAAUCAAAAUGUCACGUUGGGGACGAAAAAAUGUGAAGAAGGCCCCUGAGGUCAUCCGCACUGUGACAGAAGGGCUCAAGUCCCUGUACCGUAAGAAGCUGCUGCCUCUGGAGCAGUUCUAUGGUUUCCAUGACUUCCAUUCUCCCAGUCUGGAGGAUGCAGACUUUGAUAAUAAGCCCAUGGUGCUGGUGGUGGGACAGUAUUCCACAGGAAAGACAACGUUCAUCAAGUAUCUACUGGAGCAUGAGAUUCCUGGGAGCAGGGUGGGACCUGAACCCACUACUGACUGCUUCACCGCCAUCAUGCAUGGGGAGGUGGAGGGAGUCAUCCCUGGAAACGCCCUUAUUGUAGACCCCAACAAGCCUUUCCGCAAACUCAACCCAUUUGGAAACACCUUCCUCAACAGGUUCCAGUGCGCCCAGAUUCCCAAUCAGGUCCUGGAGAGUAUCAGCAUAAUUGACACACCAGGGAUCUUGUCCGGAGCCAAACAGAGAGUGAGCCGAGGUGAGGGAGGUAAAAAAGGCUAUGACUUCCCAGCUGUGCUGCGCUGGUUUGCUGAGCGUGUGGACCGCAUCAUCCUGCUGUUUGAUGCACAUAAACUUGAGAUAUCAGACGAGUUUUCUGAGGCCAUCGGUGCCCUGAAGGGUAAUGAGGAUAAGCUGCGUGUGGUCCUCAACAAGGCAGACAUGGUGGGCACCCAGCAGCUGAUGCGAGUGUAUGGUGCACUCAUGUGGUCCCUGGGGAAGGUGUUUGGCACCCCGGAGGUUCUGCGGGUGUAUAUUGGCUCCUUCUGGUCAGAGCCACUGAUGGUUAGCGACAAUCGUAAGCUGUUUGAGCUGGAGGAGGAGGAUCUGUUCGCUGACAUCCAAAACCUUCCUCGCAACGCAGCUUUGCGUAAGCUGAACGACCUGGUCAAGAGGGCACGCCUGGUCAGGGUCCAUGCCCAUAUCAUCAGCUAUCUGAAGCAGGAGAUGCCUUCUGUCUUCAGGAAGGACAAUAAAAAAAAGAAUCUCAUCUACCAGCUGCCAGUUAUUUUCUCCAAGAUCCAGCUGCAGCAUAACAUCUCUGCUGGAGACUUCCCGGAUUGUGCUAAAAUGCAGGAACAACUGAUGGUUCACGACUUCACCAAGUUCAAAACCUUGAAGCCUAACCUGAUGGCUGCCUUGGAUGAGUUGCUGUCCUCUGAUAUCGCCAAACUGAUGCCCCUCCUGCGGCAGGAGGAGCUGGAAGCAGGUGAGCAACUAGGCGUGCAGGGUGGAGCCUUCCUGGGGACCCGCGCCGGACCGUUCUCUGAGGGUGACCCCUUUACCUUCACCGAAGAGAACGGAGAGGGAUGUGAGGAGGAGGAAGGAGGUUGGGUCGUGACCAAAGACAAGCCCAAAUAUGAUGAAAUCUUCUAUAACCUCGCUCCCAAUGAGGGGAAACUGAGCGGCAACAAGGCUAAGGACUGGAUGGUGAGCUCUCGCUUGCCUAACUCGGUGCUGGGUCGCAUCUGGAAGCUGUCAGAUGUGGAUCGUGAUGGCAUGCUGGAUGAUGAAGAAUUCGCCUUGGCCAGCCAUCUGAUCGAGGUCAAGCUGGAGGGCCAUGGUUUACCCCCUGAGCUGCCCAACCAUCUGAUCCCACCCUCCAAACGCAGGCAGAAGGGUUCUGAUGCGUAGACAAGUCCCUGGAGCUGACAGAGACUUCUCUAUUGGCUGUCACACUUUAGCUACUGUUUGUAUUUGCUGUUGUUGUUUUUUUUCCCCCAGACCCAUAACAAAAUGUUAUAUGAAAUGUGUUUAUUUCUGAGACCGAUUUUUUUUUUUGUCUUAUACAAUGGAACAUACUGUAACAAAUGCUCACUGCAAAUGAUUGUGUAUUAAAAAGUCACACGGGUCUGGUUGCUUCUUCUUCCUUUUUUGGCUCUUUGAAGUUUGCUUUCUAUGAUGAGCUUUUUGAAAAUAUAUGUACUCGUGUUUUAUGAGCAGAAGCAAAUAAAUGCUGGCACCAUUUAAGCAAACAGUAUUCGAGCACAUGUAUUUGACAGAAUACAGGGGAAAACUUUGUCUAUAUUAAACCUUUAAAAUUUAACAUUCCCACAGUGACUAGACUGGAGUGGCAGAGUAUUAUCUUGGGUCUUGAGGGUAUCAUCUACAAGACUUAUUUUUGCUCAACUGAUGUGUUUAUGAUGUAGUGUUUCGGCAGUGUAAAUCUAAAUAACCUGAAUGCAUUUCACUUUGACGCUUUACACGCCACAAUUCUGUGCAUAUGCUUUAUUUUAUUUUUGUAAUUGCAAUUGUUGUUUUCGUAUGUGCAGGAGCAAUAAGACCUCAGUUGUACACAAAAGAACAUUACAUGCUGGGAUGAUCUUUUUUUAAAACUAGACCGAAUGAUUGAUAUAUUACUGACUACUGUACACAGCUCCACCAACUGUUAUCUAUUAUCAUAACCAAAUAAAAUUAAACUGACUGUG